AUGAACUUCAAUUAAUAGGUAUACCCAACAUAAAUCAAAUCUCAAAAAUCCAUUAAUUCUCAUCAUUAAAACUCCAAAAAUUCUUAUAAAAGAUCAAUACCUAAUACACCUCUCUUAUCAAAGCAUCCUAAAACAAAUCGAAUUAAUACAUUAGACGACUUAAAUAAUAAUGAAAAAUACUUAGAUUUAAAAAAUUUAAAGACUCCUAUAACAAAAUAAAUAUCCCUUGAUACAGAGCCUUAGUACUUUAAGGGAAAGAGACCUUCAGAUGUAGAUAAGGCUAAUUUUCUUUAAAUUUAAACAGCUAGGACUGUGAGGUCUAGUUAAAUUGAUCAAAAUAAUACAAUGAAAAUACAGGCAACAUAAUAAAUUUCAACGGAAUAGAAGAACAAAUAUUAUUUCAAAAGCGAAUCAAUUAGUAAUGAAAAGAUUUUAGAUUUGCUCUUAAUGAAUACAUAAGAAUUAAAAGGCUUUUUCUAGAAAGAGAAAGAACCUUUACAAAGACCAAAACCAAGAAUAAACAAUAUAAAAGGAUUUCCUUCUGAUUUCUUUUCUAUAUUGUGA